AGCGACAGCAUCCCCCCGAAGAAGCUUCUUCUCAGUCUGCUAGCAAACAACAGAGAAGUAAAGCAGAGGAAUAUUCGAUGGAGGACCGUCUCCAAAACUUGCUUAAACAGAUUUUUUUAUGAGUAGUUUCCUGUAGUAGUGUAAUAGUUAAUAGUUCAAUAGGUGGCCGUAUGUCGAGGAGUGGUGUUCGUCGAGCUGCCGCGCUUAUAAGCAGAGAAGCCCCCUGAAGACUAGUUAUUACUGUUAGCUGGACAGCUAAACUUAUAGAGAGCAGCUGGUUUCUCACCGCUAGCAUCGAUGAGGAAACCCGACCCCGGCUUAAAUGCUGUAAACAAGACUGACCAGCUGGUCUCGAGUUAGCUAUUUGGCCGCUAGCUGAGAAAGAGUCCUGCAGAAUGACAGAGGAUGCUGUCUUACUGAAAGUACCUGUCAUUCGGCAAUUAUACCACUGGGACUGUGGAUUAGCCUGCUCCAGGAUGGUCCUCAAGUACCUCCACCCUGUCAGUGAUGAGGAGUUUCAGAGAGCAUGCUGGGACCUGAAGCUGACAGAGAGUGUUUGGACUAUUGACCUGGCCUACCUCAUGUGCCAUGUAGGGAUCAAACACUGCUUUUGUACCCAGACUCUGGGCGUUGAUAAAGGCUUUCGGAAUCAGUCCUUCUAUAAGAAACAUUUUGACACAGAGGAAGAUCGAGUGAACGAGCUCUUCCUGAAAGCAGAAAGCAAAGGUGUGGCCGUGAAGAAAUGUUCUGUUACAGUUCAGGAAAUCCAAUCUCAUCUGGAGCAAGGCCACGUUGCCAUAGUGCUGGUCAACGCAGUCGUCUUGACAUGCGAACUCUGCUCCUCGCCUGUCAAGUACUGCUGCUUCCUGCCGGUGGGCCAGAAGUGUUUCUGCAGGAAGCCUGAGUAUCAGGGUCACUUUGUGGUGGUGUGCGGCUUCAACAGGACCACAGGCUGCAUUUUCUACAACAAUCCUGCAUAUUCUGACCGGGUGUGCUGCACCGGCGUCAGUAACUUUGAGGAGGCUCGUCGGAGCUACGGGACAGAUGAAGAUAUCCUGUUCGUCUUUAAGGAGAGUUGAUUAAAAGGGAGGUCGGACUUGGA